AAUACAACAGAAACUCAAUUAUUACAACAGAAUCUCAAUUAUUUCUGUGCCUCACUUGAUAUAUAAAAUACACCCAAGCCUUGUAAGAACAGAGCAGAAGGCAGAAAACCUCAAAGGAAGAAAAAACAGUGAGAUUACUUUGUUAUGGAGAACAAGAAGGAAUCAGAAACUGCAGGGAAGAUCAUUAGAUGCAAAGCUGCAAUCUGCAGGAAGCCAAGAGAGCCUCUUGUGAUAGAGGAAAUUGAAGUAGACCCACCUAAAGCUUGGGAGGUCCGGAUCAAAGUUCUCUGCACUUCACUCUGUCACAGCGAUGUCACUUUCUGGAAAAUGAAUCCAAGUCCAAUUUCAGUUUUCCCUAGAAUUUUCGGGCACGAAGCAGUUGGUGUUGUGGAGAGUGUUGGAGAGAAUGUGGAAGGAAUUGAAGGAGGAGACUUGGUGUUGCCAGUGUUUGCUCCAAAUUGUGAAGAAUGCAGGGAUUGCAAGUCUAGCAAGAGCAAUAUGUGCACCAAGUUCAAGACCAAAUUCAUCGACAUGCCUCGAGAUGGAACCAGCAGGUUCAGGGACAAGGAUGGGGAGGUUGUGCACCAUUUCUUAUCCGUCUCGAGUUUUACGGAGUAUACGGUGGUGGAUGUUGCUCAUCUGGUCAAGAUCAGCGCUGAGAUUCCUGUUGAUAAGGCUUGCUUGCUUGGUUGCGGUGUCUCAACAGGGAUAGGAGCGGCUUGGAAGGUGGCAGACGUGGAAGAGGGAUCCACAGUCGCAAUAUUUGGGCUUGGAGCUGUUGGACUUGCGGUUGCAGAAGGAGCGAGGCAACGCAGAGCAUCGAAGAUCAUAGGAAUUGAUUUGAAUCCCGACAAGUUUGAGAUAGCCAAAGAAUUUGGAGUCACCGAUUUCAUCAAUCCGACAAUAUGUGUCGACAAACCAAUCAGCGAGGUGAUUAAGGAAAUGACCGAUGGAGGCGUCGAUUAUUGCUUCGAGUGUAUUGGAUUAGCAUCAAUGAUGCAGGUUGCUUUCACUAGUACCCGAAAGGGCUGGGGCAAGACAGUGAUACUAGGACUGGAGAUGCAUGGAUCGCCUUUGUCUUUGAACUGCUAUGAUAUGCUUAAUGGCAGAAGCUUGAGUGGCUCAUUGUUUGGAGGCAUCAAGCCUAGAUCUGAUAUUCCACUCAUCGCCAACAAAUACCUAGAAAAGGAGCUUUGUUUGGACAAGUUCAUAACACAUGAAGUAAGCUUCCAUGAGAUCAACAAAGCUUUUGACCUACUCAUUGAAGGGAAAAGCCUUCGUUGCAUCAUAUGGAUGGAUAAAUAGUCGGAUUGUGGACAAAUGCACAAAGCUAAUGAUCAUCAAUAAAGCUGUUCGAUUGUUUCACCACUUCAGAAAACCAAUUCCACCAGUAAAAUACAUGUGCCUUUUAAGGACUCGGUGGCUUUCUAGCCUGACUACAGGCCGUGUGCUAACUGCUGUUUUUUGGGUUGGCUUGCUUUGGUUUUAUUUUGUUUAGGUUUUGGGUUUGCAUUGUAUGUGGGUCUUCAACCUCUGGGUUGGGAUUUGUUUCCACUUUUGGGCAAGCUCCUUAUUUGUCCUUUGAUUGUCCUUUAACUUUGAUGUUGGUUACGUUCUCGUAUUUGUUUGUCCUUUGACUUUGAUUGUUGGUUAAGCUUACAAGUGUCAAAGAAUUGUAACCCAACUGACGGGUAUGUAAGCAAAGCUUCAACUAUUCUCAUAUAAAUGAUGUGUUUUCUA